ACUUCAACAAUUCUACCACCCCGCUCAUCCGCCAGAUCAUCAUCAAGAUCUCCACAGGUACGAAAAGCAUCGACUUCGUCAAGGAAGGACAAGGUCCGCAAAGGAAAGCUGAUCAAGUGCUGGACUGACGAGGAGGAAUCUUUUCUGUUUCGAAGUCGUCACCAAAAAAUGCCCUACAAACAGAUUGCAGAUAGCCUACACAAGUCAGAGCUGGCUUGCAGAUUACACUAUCAUCAUAUGACUGUGGGACGAAAGGGUCAUCGUGCAGAUGAACCUGACGAUGAAAUGUUGGGAGAAAACACCGCCUCUUCUCCGUCGACAGUACAAAGUGAACAGAUUUCUCCUCCGCUACCACAAAGUGAAACAUUGCCCUCGCGGACACGAACGCCGUCGGUAUCAUCACAUAUUGGCUCACCUUCAAAGAUUUGCAGGUUACCGAGUUUCGAAACCUUCUUGCAGACGACGUUCCAGUCUGACUCAUCCCACAAGAGAUGCUAUUCCAUGCCCCAGCCCUUACCUUCCACCCUAACGCCGAAUGCAACUGGCAAGGAAACCAGCCCCCAACCAAGUGGAACCAGGGUUUCGAGAACUUUAUCAGGGACAUGG